AUGACCCUUAUGAUGUGGAAUAAGGAGUCCUCCCGCUGCCUGCUUUUACUAGCCGCGGUCCUGAUGGUGGAGAGCUCCCAGUUGGGAAGCUCCAGAUCCAAACUGAACUCCAUCAAGUCGGUCCUGGGCGGGGAGACCCCGACUCAGGCAACCAAUCGAUCUGCGGCCAUCUACCAAGGACUGACUUUCGGCAGCAGUAAGAAGGGCAAAAACCUGGGGCAGGCCUACCCUUGUAGCAGUGAUAAGGAAUGUGAAGUCGGAAGAUAUUGCAACAGUCCCCACCAGGGUUCUUCAGCCUGCCUGGUGUGUCGGAGGAAAAAGAAACGCUGCCAUCGAGACGGCAUGUGCUGUCCUGGAACCCGCUGCAACAAUGGUAUCUGUAUCCCAGUCACUGAAAGCAUAUUAACUCCUCACAUCCCAGCACUAGAUGGCGCACGCCACAGAGAUCGCAAUCACGGUCACUACUCACACCAUGACUUGGGAUGGCAGAAUCUAGGAAGACCACAUUCUAAGCUGUCACACAUAAAAGGACAUGAAGGAGAUCCCUGUUUGAGGUCAUCAGACUGCAUGGAAGGGUUUUGCUGUGCUCGUCAUUUCUGGACCAAGAUUUGCAAACCAGUGCUACAUCAGGGUGAGGUGUGCACCAAGCAGCGUAAGAAGGGCUCUCAUGGCUUGGAGAUCUUCCAGCGGUGUGACUGUGCCAAAGGCCUGUCUUGCAAAGUAUGGAAAGAUGCCACCUACUCCUCCAAAGCCAGACUCCAUGUGUGUCAGAAAAUAUGA